CCAUCACCAACAUCACCCCUACUUGGGGGCGAAGUGCAGUGGCCGGCGUGUAAGCAAUGAUCACCGCCUAGUUAACCUGCCUCCAACCCGCGCCAGCAAGCAGAUUCACUUCAGCUAUCUAGGACUCUUCUUGCAACAGCUCAGAAAAACAGAAGCAAAAUAGAAAUCACUUCUCCUCUCGAGAUCACCUCCGCCAUGGCGCGCCUCCACGCUCCAGUCGUGGCGCGACACGCCGUUUCCAUGGUCACCGUCUCCACGGUUCUCCAGACGGGGGCGUUUCUCGCGGUGCUACUGCGGUUCCUCGCCCGGCGACGGGCGCGGAAUCUCGGCGUGGAUGACUGGCUGGCGCUGUUGGCCCUGGUCUUCGCCAGCGGACUAUACGUCACGGGCAUCUUAAUUUGUACGAUUGGGUUCGCCGGGUUCCAUGCGAGUCUCCUGGAGGUUGACCAGCUGGAGCGAUUUUUGAUGCUCGUAUAUAUCGACAACCUCUGCUAUGCUCUCACCUUACCGACGAUCAAGCUGUCCAUCCUGCUUAUGUACCGCCGCUUGUUCCCGACCAAGACCUUCGGGUAUGCCACGGCCGCGGUGGGUGCCAUCGUGCUGGGCUGGAUGAUCUCCGUCGUGCUCGCCCAGAUCCUCACCUGCCUGCCCGUCGACGCGGCCUGGAACCUCUCCAAGGCCGCCGACAGCCACUGCAUCGACCAGAUGAAAUUCUACUAUGGUAACUCCAUCUCGAAUCUCUUGACAGAUGUGAUCAUUCUGUGCCUGCCCCUGCCGCUGAUUUGGCGACUGAAGAUGACGCACGAGAAGAAGUUGGGCGUGACGGCCGUGUUGUUAAUGGGAGGAUUCAUCUGCAUCGCUAGCAUCGUCCGCCUAUCCUACCUCGGCGCGAUUGACACCAACGACAUCACAUACACUCUCGUUGCGGUCGGAAACUGGACCUCCGUCGAAACCCCCCUGGCCAUCAUCUGCGCCUGCCUGCCUACCAUUCCGGCCCUUUUCCGGGUAAAGAAUCGAUUCACGAGCGGGUGUUCUGGGAGUACUUCGAAGACGGAUGGUUCGGGGCAUCAUCCCGCGCUGCGCUUUUCCCACCACCACCACCCUUCCGCCAAUCUGACGGAAUAUAGCGCGUUGGUUAGCGACGGAGCAUCUGCUGCCAUCCCCCUGGAUGAUCUGACCAAAGAUCGCAUUCGGAUCUCACACAGUUUUGCGGUUCAAAAUGCAAGGCCGGGGGAGUGAAGAGGGAUUGUUGGGAGCCCGGCGGAAGGGCAUGGGGAGAGGAAUGGCGAGGGCGAGGGGUAGGAAACCCAAUCGGGUUAGUUAAUUUUGCAAGUGGAGAGUCUCACAAGGCAGGCAGACAGACGUUUGGCGGGACCCUUACACUAUAGCCUGUCUAGCAUGUGCAUCAUAUGCAGACUUAAACAUAAACAUGACAACUG